CGAGGACUGGGCGGGAAUAGCCCCAAUCGGCCUGGCGGAGCCUCGCCUUCCAAGAGUCUUCGCUUAUUGGCGGCGGGGGAGUCUCGAGGAGCCAAUCAGAAGUCAGGACUCACGCGCUCGGAGGAGGGGCGGACCCAGACGCGACAAGUUGGGCGCGACUUCCCAGCGGGAGCACAGGACCGCGGCCGCAGUCCCCGGCUGCUCGAGAGCGGGAUCCACGUCAGGACCUCGGGUCGUUGCGGGUUUUAAAAUUCAAAAAUGGAAAUUUUCACGUUUAUAUGAAGAAAUAUGAAGAAUAAAUUAUUUUAAUAAACCACAGUCGCUAUAAGAGAAAAGGCAUGAACAGUGGACUCAGACAAAUCUGAUUUGAAUUUGAGCUUUACAGUUUACUACCUUUGCAAGCUGGGGCAAGUUACUCAAUUUCUCUUAAGUUUUGGGUUUCUAAUCUGUAAAUAGAAAUAAUGUCAAGUGGAGAUGGUCAGCAAUCAAAGGCUCUUACCAAGCCCUCUUUCAGUGAGGUACAAGCCUCUGCAUUAGUGGAAUCAGUAUUUGGGUUAAAAGUUUCCAAGAUCCAGCCACUUCCUAGCUAUGAUGACCAAAACUUUCAUGUAUGCAUUGCAAGAACCAGAGUCACUACAGAUGGCCCAAAUGAAUGUGUCCUCAAAAUAAGCAACACUGAAUCUAGCAAAACUCCAGACCUGAUUGAAGUACAGAGUCAUAUCAUCAUGUUUCUGAGAGCAGCUGGAUUUCCAACAGCCUCUGUGUGUCGUACUAAAGGAGACAACAUAACCUCUCUCGUGUCUGUAGAUAGCGGCUCCGAAGUCAAAAGCUACUUGGUGAGGCUGCUGACUUACCUCCCAGGAAGACCCAUAGCUGAGAUUCCCAUUGGCCCUCAGCUCUUAUAUGAAAUUGGAAAGCUAGCUGCUAAGUUGGAUAAAACACUGGAGAAAUUUCAUCACCCAAAGCUAAGUAGUCUUCAUCGGGAGAACUUCAUCUGGAAUCUCAAAAGUGUUCCUCUUCUGGAGAAAUACCUCUAUGCCUUGGGCCAGAAUCGGAAUCGAGAGAUUGUUGAACAGGUCAUUCAGCUGUUCAAGGAUGAAGUGAUGACCAGUCUAAGUCAUUUUAGAGAAUGUAUCAUUCAUGGAGAUCUUAAUGACCACAACAUUUUAAUAGAGUCCAGCAAGUCAGCCUUUGGAGAUGCUGUAUAUCAGGUGUCUGGGAUUUUAGAUUUUGAUGACAUGAGCUAUGGCUACUAUGUGUUUGAAGUGGCGAUCACCAUCAUGUACAUGAUGAUUGAAAGCAAGACUCCUAUACAAGUAGGAGGUCAUGUCCUUGCCGGGUUUGAAAGUGUGGUCCCGCUGACUCCUGUGGAGAGGGGUGCUUUGUUUCUACUUGUGUGCAGCCGUUUUUGUCAGUCACUUGUCCUAGCUGCAUACUCUUGCCAGCUAUACCCAGAGAAUGAAGAGUAUCUCAUGAUUACUGCAAAAACCGGGUGGAAACACUUACAGCAAAUGUUUGACAUGGGCCGGAAAGCUGUAGAAGAAAUCUGGUUUGAAACUGCCAAGUCCUACGAAUCUGGGAUCUCCAUGUGACUGAAGAUUCACAUUAACUUGAGUAAUGAAGAACCAAUAGGACCUGAUCUAAUUCCAUAAAGGGUUUUCCUGCACAGUUAAAGAUGAAUUGAUGAAACAUUUCAAUGCACAUGUAACCACUAAGGUCUUCUAGUAAUUUCAUGACCAUUUUUUAACCUAAGAAAGUACUGCAUGAGCAAGCAUGUCUUUCUAUGGGUUUCACUUGCCUUGUGUAUCAAACAUGCAAAGUGAUAUUUUGAAUCAAAUAAUCUCUCAAGAUCAAUGAUUUUUUUUAACUUUGAAAGGAAUAUAUAUGUAUAGACAUAGUCACAUAUAUUAGAUAAGUGAAUGCAACAUACAGACCUAGUUAACAUAUCACCAGUUCUAUGAAGCCUUAUCCCAUCUCUUCAUUGUUCAUAAUCUCUUUGUACCCUGCCUUUUCUAUGGCACAUCACUUGGUAUUAUGGGUGAUGGCCGUGUAGUCAUCUAGUCUAAGAGCUAUUUGAGGGCAGAAACCAUGUAAAUUGUUUUUUUGUCUUUCAUCCAUUCUUACACUGGUAUAGUGCCUUUCCAAUGGUCUUUAAAAAUAUUUUCAAAAUUAAUGUAUCCUAGAAGAAAGGCUGGAGAAAAUAAGGCACACACUAAAAUGCCUCAGGAGAAAACAGAGAUGGUAUUCAUAAGAGAAAGCUUUAACUUGUUUGAGAGAGCAGUUGAAACUGAAACUCCAGAGGCAGAUGCCAGAACUCACUGGAACUGCAAGUAAGCAAAUAAGACACCCAGACAAGGCCACUAACUCGUGAGGUAUCUAAACAGUUUUCACACUGAUACCAAGAAAGACCCUAAGCAGAAAUUUUUAAAUCCUCUACCAUUUGUUUCUUUUCAUAUGAAUAUAUAAUAUUGGAGAACA